UUGAAUGGUUCAUUGUAUAUGGCAACAUUGCGAACAUAACCUAGUAAAUAAUACAUACUAAAUCUUAUAAUUUAAAAAAAUUUUCAUAUAUAAAUAAUAUACAAAUAUAUCCUAACAAUUAAUUUUUUAUUGUGUAAAUUCAUUUUUUUCUUUUAUAAUUAAUAUGUGAAAUAAAAAAAUGCAACGAAUUAUAUUUCAGUAAUAAAUGAAAUUUCAUAAAAAUUAGUGUUUCAUAUAAAUAACCAAGAAACAAUAACUCGAAAUAAAAAAAUAAAUAAAAAUGUCAGAUGCAGAAGAUUAUAUGUCAGAUAAAUUUUUACAAGGAAGUGAAAAAUCUACUUCAUCCAGUCUUAUAUAUAGACAUGCAGAUAAAAGAAAAUUUGAACUUUUAAAAAAAAAAAAGCAAAUUGAAGCAAAAUUAGAUGAAAAAAAUUCUUUAAAACAUAUUGAAGAAGAAAAUAGAGAAGCAGGUUUAUCUUCUGCAAUUACAAGUUCUAAUAAAGGUUAUGAAAUGAUUAUGAAAAUGGGAUAUAAACCUGGUCAUGGCAUAGGUAAAACAGAAUCAGGAAGAACUGAACCAAUUAACCUUGACAUUAAAUUAGAUAGACAAGGUUUAGGAAAACAAAAUGAGAGAAAAGGAAGAAAAAAUAAAAAUAAUAUAUUUAAUGAUAAAUUAGAUAAUAAGAGUAUGAAAGAUUUUCGAGAUAGAAUUGCACAAAAAAGGAAAGAACAAUUGUUAAAAACAGAUUUAUAUAAAAGCCAAAAAAUAUGUCAAAAAUUAGAUAUGCAACAAGAAAUAAUAAAACCUAAAGAAAUAUGGUUUUGGUUGCCUCAAGAUGAUGAAAAUAGCGAUAGUGAAAAAGAUGAUGAUUUCUUCCCUAUUAAUGAAAAACUUGAAAUUUUAACAAAAUAUUUAAGAGAAAAGUAUUUUUAUUGUAUAUGGUGUGGAGUAGCAUUUCUGGAUGAAAAAGAUUUAGUAGAUAAUUGUCCAGGAAAUGAAAGAAAUGAUCAUUAAAUGAAAUGUUUUUAAUUUAAUUAAAUGUACAUAUAAAUAAAAAUAAAUAAAAAUUUCAUUAAUA